AUGCUGGGCGACGUGGACUACGCUGGGUGCGGUGGGCGCUCGGGGAGCCUGCGCCUGUCUGUCCGCCUGGAGAUAUCAGUGCCCAGCUGCCGGGUCAGGUCCUUGUGGGACCUUGUGGGUGGAGUUGGGGUCGCAGGGAGGAUCCAGGGUCUCAGGGCAGAGGGGCAGCUGCUGGCAGCCUUAAGGGAGGAGGAGGUCAUCACUGGAGGCCACUAUGAUGUUGACUGCUACGUGGAGGACCCCCUGGGGAACAUCAUCUACAGGGAAACCAAAAAGCAGUAUGACAGUUUCACCUACCGCACUGAAGUCAAAGGCAUUUACCAGUUUUGCUUCAGCAACGAGUUCUCCACCUUCUCGCACAAGACUGUCUACUUUGACUUCCAGGUGGGCGACGAGCCCCCAAUUCUCCCGGACAUGGGGAACAAGGUCACGGCUCUCACCCAGAUGGAAUCUGCCUGUGUGACCAUCCAUGAGGCUCUGAAGACUGUGAUUGACUCCCAGACACACUACAGGCUCCGGGAGGCCCAGGACCGAGCUCGAGCCGAAGACCUCAACAGCCGUGUCUCUUACUGGUCCAUCGGUGAGACGAUUGCCCUGUUUGUGGUGAGCUUCAGCCAGGUGCUGCUGCUGAAAAGCUUCUUCACAGAGAAACGACCUGCGUACAGGGCUGUCCACUCCUAGCUGAGACAGCCCCAGGAUGGAGCAGUACUCCUGGGUGCCAGGUUCCUGCACAUCUGUGUCCUUGCACCCCACAGCAGAGCCCACAGAACGCAGUGAUCCCAAGGGAUCCAAGUGUAUUCUGUGCACUGAACUGACCAGAAGAACGUUUACAGUCAGGUGAGGGGUUGCACUGUGGGAGGGCAGCAGGUGCGACCCUGGGGCCCAGUGCCUCUAGUACCACUUAGGGCUCGGCUUCUACUCCAUGAUGCCUUCUACUCCUGAGGCCUUGAGCCUCCUCCCUUUGGGGAGCAAUGGGGGUCUCCACUCCGGCCUUUCCUUCCAUGGGACUCUGCACCUGAGGAAACCGAAUCCUGAAGCAGCUGUGCGGAUCUGUGGACCUACCCGAGGCACAGCAGUGUCGGCCACUCAGGCAGGACCCAUGUGAGGACCUUGCACCCUUGGCUGGCCCUGCAUCUCCCAGAAGGUGGGACUGGGCUAAUAAAGAUGAGUGUGAGAACCUGCAGGUGUGUGCCUUUUUCCUGGUCUCAGAGGACUCAGAGCCCCACGAGGAGCUUGGGGUGUACAGAUACCGGGAGAGCAGGUGUGGCCCAGAACUGGCAUGAUCGCUCCUCCCAUAUAGAUGGGAAAGGGAACAGGAGGGGCCUUGGCUUCCUGUCACUCGCCAUGCCAUGCCAUGCUGUGGGACCACCCCAGCCUUGUACCAUUCAGCCUGCUGGUCCUUCCCCAUGACCAGACUGAGUCUUCCCUGAACCCUUGUUGGCCCCUCUCCCUGCCCCAGACCCCUUUCCUAUUUGGGAGAAAUGAAUGCUUGACUGAGACUGGAAGGAAGAUAUGAUGUCUUUUGAGGGAAACUUGCCAAGAGAUCUGAAACCCUGAGCUGUCUGGCAGGUGUUAAAUAAUGCAUUGUAGGAAACGAGACAAUGUAGGAUUCAGUUCCCAGGGCUGAAAAAAAA